AUGGUCUGGUCAGAGCAGGUCUGUGGGAAGGAGGGAGGGCUGACGUACCCCCUGGCCAAUGUGGCCAAGGGAAGGGCUUCGGGAGAGCCAGGAGGCCUUGAUGGAACCUUGAGGACCUUGAUGGAACCCUUCAAGGACCCAGCUACCAGUCUGGGCUCAGCCCACACCAAGCAGGAUUUCAUCAGGCUUUGGCUCAAGACUGUUGGAAGUUUUGAAUUGGAAGGAUAUGCCAUGGCUGCUGGAAUCCUCCGGAUGUACCUCAUGCUAAUGGCAGUUGUCGGUGUCAAUGAGCCUUUUCUCUCUGAUGAGAAUGGAGUUGUUGCUGAGAAUGGGGACGAAAUCCUCCAGAGAAUGAAGGAACGGGAGACGAGCCUUCGGCUGCACCAGUUGCGCUUAGAGCAGGAAAUUGCAGACCUGGAAGCCGGACAGAAGGCUCUAGAAAUGCGUGAAUUGGAACUGGAGAGAAAGAUCCAGCAGCAUAUGUUCAGCGUCCUUUCCUUGGUCAUCUUGACACUGAUCAGCCUCUGGAGGCAGAAUUAGCAGGAAGUAACAUCAACACAGUGGAGAAGAAGAGACUGACACAGUGGUCCUGGGGAAAACAUGGGAAAGAGUGGCCUUCCCUGACAAGGCCUUUUGUGCUAUUUAGGGGCAUUUACAACCUCUGAGGGAGACUUAAACAGCUGCG